AAGCUGCUGGGUAAAUUUCAGAUGCCUAGUUUACUUAAGGAAGGUGACAUAAUGAUUGGCGGUAUUUUUCCGAUUUUCAACAAACAGGACGAUGGAGCUUUUUCCUUUGAGGAAUAUCCAUCUCAGGUGAAAUGCAAAGUAUUUGACCUACGAGCCUUUCGCUGGACUCAAGUAAUGAUGUUUGCCAUUGAUGAGAUAAACAAAGACCAUAACUUGCUUCCUAACAUCUCUUUGGGAUAUAAAAUCUUAGACUCAUGUAGCUCUCCGGCAAAUGCUUUACGGGCUGCUCUCACUCUGGCAAGUGAGCCGGAUGGAAUGGAAUCUAGUGAUCAGUGCCAUCCUCCUAUAUCUGCUCUAGUAGGAGAAGCGGGAUCUUCUCAGUCUAUAGCUGUGGCCGAAACACUUGGACCUUUUGGCAUACCUGUGGUCAGCUACUUUUCAACCUGUGCCUGUCUGAGUGAUAAACAGAAAUACCCAACAUUUUUCCGUACAAUACCAAGUGACUACAACCAAGCAAAAGCAUUAGCAUCUCUGGUUAAAAAAUAUGAAUGGAACUGGAUUGGAGUCAUACAGUCUGACAAUGAUUAUGGAAGAAAUGGAAUAUUAGCCUUUACUGAAGAGGUUCAAAGAUUUGGAGUUUGUAUUGCGUUUACUACUACGGUUCUAAGGACUUAUCCUCACAGUAAAAUACUUGAAGUGGUUGACAUAAUAAAAUAUUCAACAGCAAGAGUGAUUCUUGCAUUUGUGCCUGAGGGAGACAUCUACCCUUUGAUGAAGGAACUCGUAAAACAAGAUAUCACAGGAAUCCAGUGGAUUGCAAGUGAGGCCUGGAUAACUGCAGCAAAACUGUCCACACCAGAAAUGUUCAAGUCCUUUGGUGGCACAGUUGGUUUUGCUGUGCAGAAGAUGUCAAUUCCAAAACUACAGCCAUUCCUUACAAGUAUCAGCCCCUACACAUCUCCACCAUGUUUAGGUGACUGUAAUUCUUCAUAUUCCAAUAACGCUACAUUUCCCAAACAACUGUGUAGUCGUGAAGAAAACCUAGACUACACAGAUGUAUUUUUCAAUGUCACACAGCUACGAGUGUCAUACAAUGUAUAUAAAGCUGUGUAUGCAAUUGCACAUGCUCUUCAUCACAUGCUCUUUUGUGAAACAGCAGAAAGCAGUAACCUGGAACAGUGUUUCAAUGCAUCACAUAUAACUCCAAAACAGGUCAAUAAUUAUCUCAAGACUGUACAAUUUGUGGACGCUUUUGGGGAGACAGUGUUGUUUGAUGAGAAUGGAGAUCCCCCUCCCUCCUAUGAUAUUAUCAACUGGCAGCUGAAAGAUGGAGAGGUUCAGCAUGUGACAGUGGGCCAAUUCAGAACAUCUGGAAGAGCAAACCAUGAAUUCACCAUAAGGGAGGGUGAUAUCAUCUGGAGUACAGGGAAGUUGGUACCAAAAGCUGUCUGCUCAGAGAUUUGUCCAACUGGCACAAGGAAAGCUCAAAUUAAAGGCAUGCCUGCCUGUUGUUUCUACUGCAUUCCAUGCACUGAUGGGUCUAUAGCCAACACAACAGCAGACUGUUUUCCAUGUCCACAGGAUUACUGGUCAAACACAGGGAGAAACAACUGCAUCCUGAAAACUGCUGAAUUCCUUUCAUAUAAAGAUCCUUUGGGGAUUGCUCUUACAGUCAUGUCACUGUUUGGUGUUUGCCUGAGUUUGACUACAUUUGUUGUGUUUAUUUACUUCAGAAACACACCAAUAGUUAAGGCCAGUAACCCAGAGCUGAGCUUGUUGUUAUUGUUCUCCCUAUUCCUCUGCUUUCUUUGUCCUCUUACUUUCAUUGGUGAGCCGGGAGUCUGGACCUGCAUGUUACGUCACACUGUAUUCAGUAUAACCUUUGCCCUUUGUAUCUCCUGUGUGCUUGGGAAAACCAUAGUUGUGGUUAUAGCCUUUAGAAACACAUUACCAGGGAACAACACAGCUAUGAAGUUUGGCCUGUUGCAGCAAAGGCUCAUAGUAUGUUCAUGUGCUGUUGUGCAAAUAUUUAUCUGCCUGAUCUGGCUGAAAAUAUCCCCACCUUUUCCUAAUAAGUCAUUUAAGUACAACAACAAAAAAAUAAUUCUUGAAUGCAACCCAGGCUCAGAUGCUGCGUUCUGUGUUGUGCUUGGGUACAUCGGCCUUCUCUCAGGAAUAUGUUUAGUCCUAGCCUUUUUAGCCAGGAAACUGCCUGAUAACUUUAAUGAGGCCAAAUUCAUCACAUUCAGCAUGUUCAUAUUCUGCGCUGUAUGGUUAGCGUUUAUUCCAGCUUAUGUCAGUUCACCUGGAAAGUUCACUGUUGCAGUAGAGAUAUUUGCCAUUUUGUCAUCUGCUUUUGGUGUAAUGGUGUGCAUUUUUGGGCCAAAAUGCUAUAUUAUUUUGAUGAAACCAGAGAGAAACACAAGAAAACAUAUAACACGAAAGAUUCCAAGGAAGGAUUUUUGA